AUGUCACUGGAGGAGCUGGAAGCCGCUCGAGAGUGCAUUAUUGACAACCUUAACAAAGGGUUUAUUGAGUCGAGCAAUGCACCAUUCACUUCACCAAUGAUUAUGGCAGAGAAGCCUGGAGGUGGACUCCGCUUCUGUGUGGACUAUCGGAAGUUAAAUAAAUUGACUAAGAAGGACCGUUAUCCCUUCCCACUAAUCGAGGAGAUUUUUAAGCGAUUGAGUCGGGCUCGGAUAUUUACCAAAUUGGACAUCCGUCAAUGCUUCCACCGCAUCAGAAUGCACACUGAUUCUAAAGAUCUGACUACAUUCAGAUGUCGCUAUGGCACAUAUAAGUAUAAGAUUAAGCCAUUUGUCAAUCCAAACGGGCAUGCAACGCUCCAGAGAUUAGUACAUGAUCUUUUUAUAGACGACCUUGACCAAUUCCUUAUAGCCUUCAUCGAUGGCCUUCUCAUUUACAGUGAGAAUGAGUUGGAGCACGAGAUCCAUGUCCAAAGGGUGCUCAAACGACUUAGAAGCACAGGAUUACAGGCAGCCCUCCAUAAAUGCGAGUUCCAUGUGACCGAAACAAAGUUUCUUGGUUUUAUCCUAGCUCCUGAUGGCAUCAAGGUUGAUCAGGGAAAAGUUGAGAUUAUCAUCAACUGGACUGUGUCCACUACCGUAUUCGGUUGUGAGGUCGUUUUUAGGAUUCUGUGGAUUCUACCGGAAGUUCAUACAAAACCAUACCAAAAUCGUGAAAUCAACGUGCUGUUCGACUGGACUAAGGAGUGCCAAGAAGCUUUUGAAGAACUGAAGAAACGUCUGGUCAGUGCACCUGUCUCGUGUCAUUACCGCCCAGGACUACCUACCGGUUUGGAGGCCGAUGCGCCAGAUGGAAUAGUAGCAGCUGUGCCCUCACAGUUGCAGGAAGAUGGGCAGUGA